UUAAUACAUCUCUGAUACUGGUGUUUAUCGCUGUGUUACUAAUACUAUGGCUGUCAACACGGCGUCCUGCAGGAUUACCACCCGGACCCCCACUUCUACCACUGGUGGGCAACAUUUUUCAAAUGGACACAGACCCCCGAGUCGCUUUCAACAAUCUGCGACGUCAGUACGGCGACAUCUUCAGCGUGUACAUCUUCCACAGGCCGGUCAUCGUCCUCAACGGCUACCAUGUUAUCAAGGAGGCCCUGGUCAAGAACGCCGACGUUUUUUCAUACAGGCCUCAUUCCUUUUUCACGGAUAUUUUGAGUGAGGGCAAAGGAAUAUUGAACACUGGCGGCGCAGCAUGGAAAGACAUAAGAAAGUUCACUGUCACCACUCUCAGAGAAUUGGGGAUGGCAAGUUUAAACACUGAAGAGAAAAUACAGCAAGAGUUGAAUCUACUUUUGAAAGCUUUCGAAGACGAGGGUUCAAAGGAGUUUGAUUGUAAACAACUGAUUUACACUGCUACGUCCAAUGUUAUUUGUGGACUUUGUUUCGGAAAGCGCCAUUAUGAAUACAAUGACCCACGGUUCACUAGGCUGUCAAACACAUUUGAUGAAAUAUUUGGGGGCGCAGGAAAUGUAACUAUUGUCGAUCUGCUUCCAGCUGUGAGAUUGCUACCAGGAGAUUUCUUUAACUAUAAACGGCUUAUGAGAAGCAUAGAGGUAAUGAAGAAAGAACUAGCUCGACUCGUUGAGGACCGCAUCAACAACUAUGACGAAGACAACAUUCAAGAUUUUGCCACAGCUUUCAUCAAAGAGGUGCGACGCAGCAAGCAGGAAGACAAGGCGUUUGAUGAAAGUCACCUGAAGAUGACUCUGACAGAUAUCUUUAUGGCGGGAACAACUGAUGCUGGCAACAACCUCGUUUGGUCAAUUCUAUAUCUACUCCACUACCCGGAAGUGCAGGAGAAGUGUUUCCAGCAAAUCAAAGAACACAUCGGGCUGGAGAGACGACCCACGAUGCUGGACAAACCCAACCUUCCUUACGUUGAGGCUGUGUAUUCAGAAAUAUUGAGACACGUGGAUAUGGUACCCACAGGAAUGCCAUAUACAGUCCCCUGCGGUGUCAAGUUCAUGGGCUACACGUUUCCUGAGGGUUUCACUAUCAUUCCCAUGUUAAACUCAGUACUUCACGAUCAGACGGCAUGGGGGGAUCCUCAAAAUUUCAGACCGGAGCGUUUUCUGAAUGAUGAAGGAAAAUUCCAAAAGAGGGAGGAAUUCAUGCCCUUUUCGAUUGGACGCCGUGCUUGUGUUGGACAAUCAUUGUUCCGUAUGGAACAAUUCCUGAUUCUGACCACCUUGAUUCAGAGGUUCAAGUUCUUCCCUCCAAGUGGAACGCUGCCAUUCCUGAUUGGAAUAGUGAGCAUUGUCGACACUGCUCCUCCUUUCAAGUGCAAAGUCAUACCAAGGAACAUUUGAGAGGACCACCGUUUUAGAAUCUUUAUAUGUCCUUGUACAUUAUGUUUUUGUGUGAAAUGGUUUCCCAUUUCUGUUAUUGAGAAUAUUGAAAUCUUGAACAUUCGAAACUCCAAUUUACACCAGUUGUAAUCAGAAACGACUGACUGGGUCAUCAUACCCAUGUACUCACAUACCCCGUAUGCUACGUCGAUGUGUACGGUGUGAAUAUACGCAUACUGCACUUUACAUAUUCAGGAUAGCCUUCUUUAUGCUUUCACCGCGGUUU